CGCCCGCGUCUAGCUCCCAGGGAAACCUCUGCACGCCCUCCCCAGCUGCUCUCGGUCGCCUCCUCGCCGCCGGCCGCCCAGGGUGCAUCCCGGCUUGCAGGGCUCCACGCGACCCAGAUUCCCGCCCCUCCCCCGCCCCUCCCGCGCCCGCAGCCAGUGCGGCAGCCGCGGCCGCCUCUGUCCAGCUUCCGAGCGGGGACCAGCCGCGGUGGUCACGGUCGCCAGCGCGUAGCCGGAGCGAAGACGGAGAUGGAGAUCACACUGGCCCUCUCCCGGAGCUGCUGAGCCCACCGCUGUCCCUGUCCCGCCCACAUUUACUUUGGCAAAAGAAAAUUUGGAAGCAGUUGCUUGAAGACAGUUGGCAUCGCAUCUGGAGAGUCCACAGCAGCACAAUGAAGCACUUCCUGAGCUUUCUAUGGGAAGGGCGCUGUCUUUUGUUCCCCACAGGAUGUUGAUCCAGGUGUGCCUGUAUUUCUACUGUAAAUUUUUGUGGCGCUGCAUGAAGUUCGUGAUGCGGAAGCUCACAGGAAGGUGUGAACUGCAAAGGAUUUGCUACAGCACCAAGCCUGGAGCUUCUAGAACCAUGAAAAUCGAAACGUCGCUGAGGGACUCGAAAAGCAAGCUGUUGCAGACAUCAGUGAGUGUCCACCCCGAUGCCAUCGAAAAGACUAUUGACGACAUCAUGGAACUGAAAAAAAUUAACCCCGACAUCAACCCACAGCUGGGAAUCUCUCUCCAGGCUUGCCUUCUGCAAAUUGUGGGUUACAGAAACCUCAUUGCAGAUGUGGAAAAGCUACGCAGAGAGCCCUACGACUCCGACAACCCUCAGCACGAAGAGAUGCUUUUGAAGCUGUGGGAGUUCCUGAAGCCCAACACACCACUGGAAGCUCGGAUUUCUAAGCAGUGGUGUGAGAUUGGUUUCCAAGGUGAUGAUCCGAAAACGGAUUUUCGAGGAAUGGGUCUCCUGGGACUUUAUAAUUUACAAUAUUUUGCAGAACGGGAUGCCACAGUGGCUCAGCAGGUCCUCUCCGACUCUCUUCAUCCAAAAUGCAGGGAUGUCACUAAAGAGGAAAUAAGCAAAUUCAGCAAAGCAGAAUGGGAAAAGAAAAGGAUGGAUAAAGCAAUUGGGUACUCCUUUGCAAUCGUGGGCAUCAAUAUCACCGAUCUGGCAUAUAAUCUGCUCGUGAGUGGUGCUCUCAAAACCCAUUUCUACAACAUCGCCCCCGAAGCACCAACACUGUCUCACUUCCAACAAACGUUCUGCUAUCUGAUGCACGAGUUUCACAAGUUUUGGAUUGAGGAGGACCCCAUGGACAUAAUGGAAUUUAAUCGCGUGCGGGAGAAAUUCCGCAAGAGGAUCAUAAAACAGCUACAGAACCCAGACAUGGCGCUGUGCCCACAUUUUGCUGCAUCUGAGGGCUUAAUCAACAUGUAGUGCCCACGCCGGUUUCAACAGAUCCUCAGAACACUGCCUCAUUGUUGUCUUAGAUCUCUGCUUAGGUGACAGCUCACACACCGAAUGCACAUAGUGAUUAUACAUAUACAUAUAUAUAUAUAUGCAUGCCUUUUGGUACAGUAUUUUCAUCUCUUGGUCAUAAUUCCAAGAUCCCCCAAAUACCACGAUGUCUGGAGUAUCUGCCCUCCAGUGACUGCUCAGAUUGUGGCAUUAUGCAGUGUUAGCAUCUGACCUUGACGCCCAGGUAUGAAGAAAGUUUUAUAUUUUUUUAGAUUUUUUUCCCUCCUCCUCAUCAUUCAAUAUUAAAAAUGUAUAAUAACUCCCUAGCUGUAAUUUGUAUGAAAGAGAUUAAACUGCAUCUCAUUCUGUGUUCCUACUUAUUAAAAUGUUUCAUCAGGACUGCGGCUAGCUUCUCACGCUGGCUUCAUGCUUGGACCUCAUUCUGGGAAAGUGUAAGACUUUAAAAUAACGCAGACAGACACAUGAUAAGCCAAACUCUUCCUGCACAUACAGCUGCACUUCACCAAAAUGUAAUGAGGCUGUAAGAAAUUAGCUUAAAUAGGAGCCGUCCUUGUGUGAAACCCUGCAGACCUGUAGCCUAACGUAACCACGGUUGCAACUGUGUUGCAGUCGUCAGGAUAGAAGCUUACUUUAUCCCCAUCACUUCAUGGCUUGGAUGUCUACAUAUGUGUAUGAUGCUUGGAGCUACAGAAAAGAAGCCAUAUCUUUCCGAGGCUGCAAAGGGUUUCUCACUGCCUGCCCCUUGCUGAACCCCAGAGUUAGCACUACCCCAAUUCAAGCAUCUUCGCUUUAGGGGGUUGGGGGCUGACUGGUUUGUUUUCUAUGUUGAGGGGCAAUAUUUUUAAUUUUUUGCAAGAAAACGUGUUACAACACAGAAACCCGAGCAAUGAUACCAUGCACUAUUCCUUGAAAUUAGCAUCCUUAUAACAGUGGAAGAAGUUGCUUGGGAGAAGAAAAAAAUGAAAUUAUCCUCAAACUGCUAAGAAUCAUCUUCUUCAAAAUGUGAUUUAGUUUGGAAUUAUGAUCGUAGUCUGUUGAAUAGUAUUUACCAUGGUAUUUCAUACCCAUGGUAUUUUAUACUUUGGGACUAUCGAUUUUAGUAUUAUUAGAUGUUUGUGUAAUCACUUGCUUAUUUAAAUGAAUUUUGAGUACUGCCUAACUGUCGGUAUAUGAAUAAAUUACAUAUCAUUCUACAGUAA